AGUUUGAACAAACAGCAAGGAAGGAAAUAGAUCCUGUAUUUUCAGCAUUGCAAUGGCAACCGAGUCCCCUCUUCUGCUGGCUGCAGUGACCCUUCUGUCUGCCCUGCAAAUGGGCUACCUGGCCAGGCAAGUCGGAAAAUCCAGAAUCGCCCAUAAGAUCAUGCCGCCCAUCGUCACUGGACCGCCAGAGUUUGAGAGAACUUUCCGAGCACAGUAA